CGUAUCGAGAGUUCCACUCCGACAUCUUUCCUGAAACACCAGGUUAUGUUCCAUCUACCUCCAUCACACAGUGGCUUGAGGGGGCCAGUGUCCAAAGAAAGACCAUUUCCUUGGAUUCCAGGCCCCAAGAGACCUUCAACCCCAAAAAAAAUCCAGAUCCACCGCGGGCCACUUACCCGGGCUUCAUGCCGCUAAGCCCAAGGGGCCAAAAAAACCCCAAAACCGCUUGGUUGUGUGCACAGGAGACAGAUGGAAAUAUAAGUGGAAAGUGUAUAGAGACAGAGGAAGAGAUAAAACCACGCACAGUUAGCAUCUCUGAGCUUCGGAAAAAUUAUGAGACAAAGGAGGAACCACAGGAGAUUCAGGAGGAGCCAGAAGAGGAGAACCCCUCCAAGUUGGCCUCGAUCCGUAAGGCCUUUGAGACGCGCUCCAUCUCUGUGGACGAGAAGAUAGUCGAAAGGAGACGAGAGGAAGUGCGGCAGGAACAGACCAUUCAGGAAGAAGAGAAAGAAAAUGUUGGGGAACCUGUUACGCUGCGUGAAGGUAGUCGCGUAAGUGCAGCAGAGCGCAGACGAACCUUUGAACAGAGAAUGACCAGUGUGGAGGAGAAGCCUGCAUCGCCAACCCCUAGGAGGCCAACAGUUACACGAUCUUUCAGACGUGUGUGCAAGUUCCGGCACUUGAAGGGUACUCCAGGCCACAAGAGCACCUGCAUAGAAAACCUCAGAGAUCUGAACCGGACAACCCCUGGAGAGUGCGAUGGCAUGGCUGCGAACAGUGAGUUUGUGGUGUUACCCCUAAGUGGUCCAGGGGGGAAGUUGUCUGUCAUGAAACACAAGAAGGGUGGACGACAGCCUGAUGGUGUCAUUCCAUCACUCAUGAACACUGCCAAUGUCAUGGACUUUGCCUUUGAUCCAUUUAAUGAUCAUACCCUGGCCGUUGCAUGUGACGACGGCAAAAUUAAUCUGUGGCAUAUUCCGGAGGGUGGGUUGACUCAGCCUACUAAUGAGCCCACUGAGACCUUCAUGGAUGUUGGAUCAGCUGAUAAGAUCACCAUCCUCAAGUGGCACCCCUUAGCAGCAGGUGUUUUAGCAGUUGCCACAGGUGACCUCACUGUGAAGAUUUGGGACCUACAUAGUAGAACUGUGUCACUUACUCUUGCACCUCAUCCUGACCAGAUAUUUUCCAUGGCCUGGAGUCCAUGUGGUAGAUAUCUGGCCACAAUGUGCCGUGAUAGCCAUAUCCGUGUGUAUGACCCACGCACGUCCACCGACCCCAUUCGUGAGGGUAACGGGCCAGUGGGAGUGCGGGGAGCAAGGGUCCUCUGGGCACUCGAUGGCAAAUUCAUAGUCACUGUUGGAUUUAGCAAGCUAUCAGAAAGGCAGAUCAGUUUUCAAGGCACCGAGUUGUCCGCAAGCCAAGCCAACACUGGGGGGUGUUUCCCCCCCCCCCCCCCCAAACCAACUGACAUCAGCCCAGCAAUGCUGAUUCCCUUCUAUGAUUCUGAUUCGUCAACGCUUUUUGCUACAGGAAAAGGUGAUAGCACCAUCUUUGCCUACGAGAUUGGGAGCGAUUACCCACACCUGUUUCCCUUGUCCAACCACAAGUGUGGAAGUGUGCAUCAGGGAUUGGUCUUGUUGCCAAAGCAGAUGUGCGAUGUUCGGCAAGUGGAAUUCUGCAAGGCAUUGAGAUUAACCUCUUCUAUUCUUGAGCCCCUCUCCUUCACUGUGCCCAGAGUAAAGACGGAGCUGUUCCAGGAUGACCUCUUCCCACCAACCUUUGUCAGUUGGGAGCCUGUGAUGACAGCUGCUGAGUGGCUUGGAGGGACCAACCGCCCACCACGGACACAAUCCCUGCAGCCAGAAGAUAUGAUUAGCUUGUCUGAGAGCCGCGAGCAGCAGUCCCCAGUGGCACCCCCAACUUAUGGCGGAUCCCAGACUCACAUCCGUCACGAGACCCCCCCGUUCCUCAAGGGCAUGGUACCCAAUGAAGUCCGACAGACUCAACACAAGAACCUUAAUGUGCCUGAGGAAGUCCAGGAGACACAGACACGGCUGGAAGAGUCAAUGAGCCAACAGAUGAAUCAGGUGACGAAGACUCUGGAACAGGACAGGAUGGAAGGCGUUGAUUCCACCGAAUGGGAGGACUAGAGCUCGCCACAAGCAUUGUCUCGGAGCCCCGCCACUCUAGUCGGCUCAGUAGGCCAAGUGAAUGGACCAGCUUUCAACAUAUCGUGGCCUCGGAACGCUACUAUGCUAUUUGUUUGAUUGUCAUUACUACCUUUUUUUUUUAUUCUGUGCUUGGCAGUACUAAAGAGCAGAUAUUCAAAAGGACAGUUGUGGGGUGUACAAUUUAGUUUUAAGAAAAAGCUGUUGUGUUUUCCAAGCAUGUGGAAAUCUUAUUUUGAUAAUAUAUAAGUAAAAAAAAAAAA